AUGGUUGACGUCGAAACCUUUGCCGACCCGCAAACCAAACAAUGGACCAAAGGACAAGUCAAAGCCCAGUUCCAAUUCAACAGUCAACCUCUCAUAUGCUGUCCUCUUCUCCCAGCGCCCUUCGUUCCUACCGCUGUCAUCGAGAUCAAUAAUACACGCAACAACAUACCUGCUAUACAAUACUACAUAGCGGAAAACCCACACUGGCUCGCCCACCGGAUCCUCUUCCAAGCCCAAUUUGUGUCAGCCACCCGCUUCACCACGGAAGAAAGCUACUUUUUCGCGGAAGAGGGCGAGCCAACAGUCCAGUUCAACGGAAGGCCGUUGACGGAGGCAGAGCGCAUGCAGCUUCAUCAUGAGCCUGAAAAGAUGGAUAUGAAAGACUUCCAGCCCACAGAAGUGAAGAUGAAGAGGGGGAUUGUGAUGAUAAUUCCGCCUUACACGGUUUACUGUUUCUUGGUGACAGACGAUUCGCUGAUCACGGCAGGAGGUAUCGUUCCGAGGGGUGAUGAAGGGCUCGUCUGA